AUGAAAUUUUUUGUAUUUCACUUUUUAUUUAUUUUGUUGUCAUACAAAAGUUCUACUUAUGUGCUGAAUAAAAAUAUUAAAACUUUGAGCCUAUCUCCAAAUAUUUAUAAGAAAAAUUCUUUUUAUAGAAAAAAAAAUAUAAGACCAUUAAAAAUUUAUGUUUAUCCGAGUUUUAUAAAAAAUAUAAUUAAACCCUUAGAAAAUGUAUAUUUUAGAAAUUAUUUUAUAUAUCGAUCUUUAGCUCGAAUAUGUGUAUCAUUAAGUAGUGCAUUUUCUUUAAGUGCAAAAUUAUAUUUAUAUAAAAAAAAUAUGAACAGUAUAUUUCUUACACAGUUAUUAAUGAAUAAUGAGAUACUUAUAAAAAUAUUAAAAAUUUGUUGGUUAUACAAACUAAGUCAUUUUAUAGAUAAAAAUGUAAAAUUAUGUAGAUAUCUCUCCACCCUUUUUUAUAUUAUUAGUAUAUAUCUUGAUAUUUUUUCAACAUACAAUGUAGCAAAUAAUAUAUAUAUUUAUUAUUUAUUUUAUUCCUUAUCUUCCAUAUUAAAAAGUCUAAGUAUACUAACAUACACUUCUAUCAGAUCUAAUAUUAAUUUUCAAAUAUGUCAAAUGUUAGCAUUACAAAAAAAUAAUGAACAUGUUUAUAAAAUGACUAAUACUACUAAUAAAAAUAAUAAUCAUAGUGAUAAUAAAAAUAAUAGUGAUGCUGAUAUUAGUACUCGUUUUGUAGACGAUAAUAAUAUUCAUUGUAAUAAGGAUGAAACCAUAAAUAAAAAUAAUAUAUUAAAUGAAUCUCAUCAAAAUAUGAAUAAUAAUAAAGAAAAUACUUAUUUAAAACAUAAUCUAGUUCAUAACACGAAAGAUCUAGACAACAAUAUAGGUGUUCAUACUGAAGAUAAAAAUAUAAAUCAACAAUCUAAAAUUUUUGAUAAUCAUAUUGAAAAUAAUAAAUUAUCUAUUAAUACAAAAAACUUUUGUAUUGGAGAAAUAAGUGUUAUAAUCGAUUUAUUAUCAACCUUAGUAGACUUAUCAACUAUACUUUUCUUGUUCCAAGCAACAAAAUAUAUAAAACAAAAUUUGUGUUUUUAUAUCUUCAUAUCAUCAUUGCAUUUAUUCUUUUCAUAUAAAGAGAUACAAUAUUUGUUAAUCUAA